UGUUGGGACAAAACAUCUUUGGGUAGCUACUGAGCUGCAGAUGUCUCUUGUAAAUAAUGCAUUCUUCACCACCAGAAAAAGACUGGAAUUACUGUGCAUGACAAGGUACACAUUAUUGACUGUUCAAGAGAGAAAUUAUGGGACGUGAUGUUAUAUGAUCAACUGUUACGCUGAAGCUGGAGGAACUGUUUCCAAACUGCCAAACGCGCCCGGAUCCUUAGAACUUGUGAAAUGGCAUGAAAUUGACUCUCUUAGAAGCAGUGAUGUUUGAAGAAUAGGAUAAGUGUCUGUCCUGUUGAGUCUAAAGACGACGACAUGGAGUGGCUGGCAGCGGCUGUGGAGAGGGACCUGGGGUUGGAUCAACGCCAGCUGGGUCCAGGACCACGCCCUCAUGAACUGGUCGCCCUUGUUCCAAGUCGCUGGGUGAUGGGAUUAAGAGAGCGAAAAGUAACCCGGUGUGCACGCUUCGAUGCCAGCUGUGAAGCAGAAAUAUCUGCUGUCCUUCAAAGAUCACAGGUGAAGUUACCGGCAGGAUGGACCAGGGUCCGCAUCCAGGGGCUCCGGAAGAGCAAGUUGGGCUAUCGUUUGGCAAUUGUCCCUGGUUGCUAUGGUGAAGGACUUUCCCAGGACUCAUUCAUGAAAGCGAUGAGUGGGGUAUCCCACAGCAAUGUCAGAAACCUGUGGCGUGAGGCUCAUCGUUCCCUUGUGCAACCUUAUGCUGGGCCUGUGGAUUAUACACAAGUGCAGGCUGUUGAUGCAGUGCGACAGGCAUUGCAGAAGCUCUUUUGCGUCACUUUCAUGUCAACUGACAGGGUCUCCCCGUCUCUGUCUCCAGCCAGGGAGAAGGAGAGGGAGAAUCUGUUCUUGUCAAGCUCUGCUGCUCCCAAACAGAACACUGACAGUCUCUGUCCAAAUGUGGUCCCUGCAGAAUGCUUACUGGAGUCAGGAGAUGUACUGUACGUGAUUCUGCCUUAUACUCAAUAUUCUCUUCAGGACAUUGUAUCAUACAGCCCAGCUAAGCUUUCCAACAGCCACGCUAAAGUGCUGUUCAUUCUGUACCAGGUGCUCAUUGCUAUGCGUGCUUGUCAGGCUGCAGGGCUGUCAUGCGGUGAGGUGUCUUUGAUGGACGUAGCAGUGGAUGAGCAGCUCUAUAGUCGCCUCAGUGUGUCACUGACACACUAUGAGGAGCUGGGUGAGCACAGAGAUGCUGCUGACUACAUUACAGAUAAACAAGUGCCAAGAAGUAUUGCAGUGAAAGACAAUGCCAUUGUCAACAGUGGUGUGAGUGGACAUCUAUGCAGGGAUUGUUUUGGGGAGCUCAAAUCUCUGGUCUUAGACUGGGUCCAUGGUCGCGUCAGCAACUUUCGUUAUCUGAUGGAGUUGAACAGACUGGCUGGAAGACGGGAAGGGGACCCAAACUAUCACCCAGUCUUGCCAUGGGUUGUUGACUUUACUGUGCCAUAUGGAAAAUUCCGUGACUUGCGGAGGUCUAAAUUUCGUCUCAACAAAGGUGACAAACAGCUGGAUUUCACUUAUGAAAUGACCAAAGAAGCCCUUGCUGCAGCAGCUAAUGGAGGAAGUGGAGGCAAUUUCUCUGGAGAUCUUGGUGUGUCAGUGGGAGCUGUUGGCACAGGGCCAUCUGACCACCUUCAUGUGCCCCAUCACAUCUCUGAUGUCUUGUCAGACAUCACCUAUUAUGUGUACAAGGCCAGACAGACCCCCAAAUCUGUGCUGUGUAGCCACGUGCGAUCCCAAUGGGAACCCAACGAAUACCCAGCCAGCAUGGAGCGAAUCCACAGCUGGACCCCAGACGAGUGCAUCCCAGAGUUCUUCACUGACCCUUCCAUAUUCCGCUCCAUCCACCCAGACAUGCCAGACCUAGAGGUGCCUCCCUGGUGUAAUUCAUGUGAGGAGUUUGUGGAGGUGCAUAGGCGCCUCCUGGAGAGCCACGAGGUAUCUCAGCAGCUACACCACUGGAUCGACCUCACAUUUGGUUACAAAUUGUCAGGAAAAGAAGCGGUUAAAGCCAAGAACGUAUGCUUGCACCUGGUGGAUAACCACACUAAUCUAUCCUGCUAUGGGGUGGUGCAGCUGUUUGACCAGCCCCAUCCUCCCCGCCUUGCUCCUUAUCAGUAUUCCCCACCAGAGCCUCCCUAUCUUGGUCCUGCAGCUGUUCCUUCAUGGCAAGUCCCAAUCAUUGCAUCUAUGGCAGAUGUUGUGGAUGGAUCGGUGCCAGAGGCCACUGGCUGCGAGUCUGGUGGCUGGACAGUCGUUGACCGGUAUGAUGACCUUGAACAGGGAAUGGAAGCCUUGGACUCUUUAGGUGCACCCUCAGGCAUGCCCUCAUCAACAUCAUCCUCUGCUCCAGUUCCGUUAGUAAACCCUGCUGUUGGAAAGGCAGGUCUAGAGCACUCAACAUUGGCAGUAUCUCCAUCACCAAACUCCUUGCCAACUGAGGGCUCGGGAAGCAUCACCAAUGCUUUGGGAUCUGGCAUUCGAAGCGCCAUGAGAGGUAGCACUAACAAGAAGCAUGGUGAGAGUAGUCACAGUGCUCCAAAUUCAGAGGAUUUUAAAAUAACCUUGCCAGAGGGAUUCAGCCCAUUGCAGCCCUUAGAGGAGUUGGAGAAGCUUAAUAAUUUCCUUGUCAAAGGUCUGCGUGCACAGGUUUCAUAUGUUGAGUCUAGCAAGCAGAAGGAACAAAUGCAGGCAGCACCAGUGUCACUUGCAGAUCUCUUUCAGAGGGAUAUGCAAGCCUUGGGUGUGCUCAUUGCAGAGAUUUUCUGUUCAUGCAAGCUGCGGGGGAUAAAAUCAGGCUCUCCCUUGAGACAACGUUUCCAGGCGAUCAUGAAACUGUGCUCGGCCAGCUUUAGGGAUGUUCCAUUACCACUCCAUCACGCCCUGGAGAAUCUUCUGCAUAUCCACAGGCACUCCAAAUCAGACAAUUUGCACUCCUUAACAUACCCAUUACUGUUCAAAUAUGAUCCUGUUUACGAGGGCCUUCCGCCACCAAACCCAUGGCAGCUGCUCAGCCCGGCUCUCUCCCCGCUGCCUUUUCCAACAUAUUUCCCCUCUCUGCACAAGUUCAUAUUCUCCUACCAUUCCAAGAUGGAAUCUCCCAGUAGCACCCAAGGUCGUGACAUUGUGUUCCAUUUAUGGCAGCAGCUUGAGACAUUGCUGCAGGGCAACAUCACUGCAGAGGGGCUGGAGAUCCUUCUGCCUUUCGUUCUCACAUUGAUGAUGGAAGAGUCUACUGCAGUGUAUGCUGCUUGGUAUCUCUUCGAACCAGUUGCUAAGGUCCUGGGCCCACGCAAUGCUACUAAAUAUCUACUGAAGCCACUGAUUAGCGUGUAUGAGAAUCCUAGAUGUUUGCGUGGCCGUUUCUACCUCUACACCGACUGCUUUGUGCUGCAGCUGAUUGUGCGCCUCGGAUUGCACGCCUUCCUGGCCAGCCUUCUGUCCCAUGUCCUGCAAGUUAUCACAGGUUUUGAGGGCUGCAGCAGGAAUUCUGGCUCUACGUGGGAGGGAGGUAAAGCUCUUAGAGGUGUCCCUGGUAUGGGAGAGGAUGAGGAGGAGUACUACGAGUGUGACAAUGGCACAACUUCCACGGUUAGUGCAACCGGAAAGGCCAGAGGUGGUAGUGGCCCUGUCAGUGGAGGGGUAGGUGACCCAGGACUGGUGGACUUUUCCUCUGGUGUAAGCCUAACUGACCAGGUCUUCCUGACUGAAGGUGAGGACUUCCAGAAUGGAUUCUAUGUCAACACCGGAACAGCUGGGGCUCCAGGGGAAGUCAGUCUCCCUGUAAAACAACAGAACAGUCAGAAUUCUGCAAGUAAAGACACAGACCAGGAAUCCCUCAGUGUGGGGAAACUGAGUGACAAGAGCAGCGCCAGUGAAGUUUCCAUUGGAGAUGGAGACUCAGCCAGGGACCGUGCUAGCUUGAAAUCUACUGACAGCAAUCAGGACCUGAAGCAGGCUAGUGAUGGGGAAGAUGGUGGAGAGCUAGAUGAUGAUGAGGACACUGUGGGUGGCAAAGUGCAAAGAGUGCCCAGUCUGGAGCUUACUGUUUCUGGCUGUUUGGAGGACUCGGGGGCAACUGUGGCAACACUGGAAGGAGAGUUCCUGAAUGGCAUGGAGCAAGGGGAGGCAGAAAAAAAUUUGGUGGCAGGAGAUGAGGAGCCUGACUGUUCAGAAGACUCCACAGAAAAGGAGCACAAGAUCCUGCUUGAUACUGUAUGCAAGACAGUCAGAUGGCUUUCGGCAAAGCUUGGCCCUACAGUAACCUCCAGAUAUGUGGCCAGAAAUCUCCUGAGGUUGCUCACAACGUGCUAUGUUGGACCUGAGAAUCACCAGUUUGUACAACCUGUGCCGGAAGAAAGCAGCCUUGAGAGUGUUGGCAGUGUGUAUGAAAAGAAACCAGUGGUUGGAGACCAGACGGCUGGCCCAGUUCUAGACUGUCUCAUCUAUGUAGCCCACCUUUAUGGAGAACCUGUUCUGACAUACCAGUAUUUGCCCUACAUUGGUUACUUGGUGUCCCCGCCCUCCUCCUGUCGUCUCAACACAAGGAAAGAGGCGAGUCUGUUAGGGGCGGUGGUGUUAACCCAGAAGAUCAUUGUCUUUCUCUCGGACACCACAUUGAUGGACAUGCUGAUGAAGAUCAACCAGGAGGUCCUCCUACCACUGCUGGAUCUCUUGACUUCUCCUCAGAUGGGCUUUCCCAGUGGGGUGCAGACACGCUCUGCGUUGUGUCUGAAGACCAUCAGCCUCAUGGCAUUGAUCUGUCUGCGCAUCGGCAAAGAGAUGGUGCUGCAGCACAUGGCGGACACACUCUGUAGAUUCUUUGAGGUCUUCUCCCUGCUGCAGUGUCUGCAGUUACAGAUGGAGAAUGCCCCUCGCAGGGAAGUGGGAGAGUGUAUAUUUUUGGAUGCUCGCAAUCAGCAUGGCGAUGAUAUCACCUGUGAGCUCAGGGUCCUAGAGGAGCUGCAGGCUGUGUUCAAUCCUGAGAUGGCCUAUGCAUCCUACAUUCCUUUCUAUUGUCUUAUUGGUGAUUCAGGAAUUUGCAAACUGGUACCCAACCAUGAACUGGUUUGGCGUCUCGGGCAGUCAUACCAUGACAAAAUAAACCCAGGUAGCCCAGAUUCUAACUCCGCCGCAGGCCACAGACCUGAACAGCCAUCCACUUCUGUGGGACUGUCCCCAGGCUCAGGGCGACGCAUCGCUCACAGCCCUUUCCCGGCCUCCUCCUCCUCUUCCACCCCACUAGGGGGAGACACCCUCCCAGAGUCGGGGACCUUCGGCAGCCAUCUCGUGGGCAACCGGAUCCAAGUCUCCCGGGGGUCCGAAAUGGGAGUGAGCCCAAACUUGUCGGGCAUGGACAACUGGAGCCGUGCACAUCCUGCUCACAUUCCUCCAGUCACCUCCUCGUUCAGCUCGUCCUCCACUGUCCCGUCCUUCUCUGUCUCCUCCUCCUGGGUGCUGAGCUCCACCCCGGAGGACAGUGCUCUCAAGCAGAACCUGCCCCUGAGCACACGAGCCCUCCAGGGCAACUGGUUGGCCUACUGGCAGUACGAGAUUGGGCUCAACCAGCAGGACCAUUUCCACUUCCACCAGAUCCGACUGCAGAGCUUUCUGGGCCACACAAGCACGGCCAAGUGUCUGGCUCCGCUGGCGGGCGAGGAUUACUUCCUGUCGGGCAGCAAGGACAAGACGGUGAAGCUGUGGCCGUUAUAUAACUAUGGCGACGGCACACGGGAGAUGGAGCCGAGGCUGACCUACGUGGAACAUCGUAAGUCAGUGUUCUACGUGGGCCAACUAGAGUCUCUGCAGGAGGUAGUGAGCUGCGACGGAACUGUGCACCUGUGGGACCAGUUCACAGGCAAGCAGAUCCGCUCUUAUGAGGCUUUGGAUGGAAAGAACCCCAUCACAGCUGUCACAGCCAUGCCCGCGCCGCAUUGCAGCGUGGUUUUCGGUAGUGCCGACUCCGUCCUCCGUUUCAUCGACCCUCGCAAACCAGGCCUCCAGCACGAGUUUCGGCUGGCCUACAACAACAUGAGCGCGGGGCUGAUCCGCAGCCUUGCUGUGAGCCCCGGGGGACGCACUGUAGCGGCGGGCUUCUCCUCGGGCUUCAUAGUGCUGUUGGACGCACGCACAGGCCUGGUGCUGCGUGGAUGGCCUGCUCACGAGGGAGAUAUCCUGCAAAUGAAGGCAGCAGAAGGGAACCUGGUCAUCAGCUCCUCCUCUGACCACACCUUGACAGUGUGGAAGGACCUGGAACAGAAGCCUCUGCACCAGUACCGCUCUCCAUCCGACCCCAUCCACACCUUCGACCUGUACGCCUCCCAGAUAGUCACCGGCACCGUGGCCAACAAGAUUGGCGUCUACUCCAUGAACGACAUCUCAGCCAGCCCUGCCAGCUUGACCAAGCUCAGCUCCGAGAACUUCCGCGGGACCCUCACUAGCCUGGCGGUGCUUCCCACAAAGAGGCUGCUGCUGCUGGGCUCCGAGAACGGGGCCAUCCGGCUACUGGCCUGAGAGCCAAAAUCCUCAGAAGCAGCGGCAGCUGCAGCCUUGGCCAUUUGUUCAUGAGUGUCCUUUUCCCCAAAGCCUGUCUCCUGUGUCAGCUGUAGCUCCAACUCAGUUAAGAAUGAGACUUAUUCUCUGGAUGAGACCAGAGAGAGAAAUCACUCAUUUUUUUUCUUUUCUUUCUUUUUUUUGGCUAAGCCAUGGAGGGCCAUGUGACUCUUUUAGCCUUUCAAGCCUCACACAACAAGGACCUCACUUACUACCCUUAAAGCACUGUUGGUGACCAAAAUAGCAUUUGUAAGAGAAAACCCACAAUCAAGGAUGGCUUCAUUAGCAAGAAUAUGUAGUGGAAUACAGUUUUAUGAUUUUUAUAGGGUUAUCUUAAGAAUUGAUGACUAGAUACUGAGGUAUAUGAAAUUCCUGUCACUGACUGGGUUGAAUAUUCUUUAUUGGAAUGGAUCGCAAGAACUGCUCAGGAAAGAGGAGCCAAGUCGAGGUGGUGAUGUAGUGUUUACACUCUCCAAUCAGACGUCUGAGAACACCAAAAAAAUCAUCAGAGGAACAGAAAACACAAAGAAAGACACUGUGAGAUUCAUGGACCUCCCAUCAUGUCUCCCGAUAAUGUCACAAAUGCAUCAGAUGCACUCAACAGCUAUGCAGUAUUCAUUCGUAACAUUUUUUUAUUGUUCCAUUUGCCAGACACCCAGCGUAUUUUAUUUCAUCUCUAAAUCCCUGUGUUCAGUUUGGUAACCUUUUUCAGUGGGCGAUGUUUGUUGGCGGUGGUGUCCUUCGGCUGUUCACUGGGCCCUAUGUGUCUUAUUCAGUCAUUGCGAGAGACUGGGCACAUUGAAGCCAAGGCCACAUGCACAGCAGUGGUUGACUCUGUCUACAUCACAAGUGGUCCAGCUUAUAGCUCUGAUGGCACACGCUGAAGCCUGUUUCAUGUGGUAGAUAUGCGUUGAAAUACUGGGAUUUAGAUCUGCACUUACUGAUGAGGCUAUAUGGUUUGAUGUUUUUGACGUGUACCUUAAUCAAUACAGAUUUACUGAUUUGCAUAGACACAAUUUCAUGAUCUAACUCCUUGCUUAACUUCUACUAAAACCCACAUUUUUAAAAAAUAUUCUGCCAGUUGUUGACAAACGUUACAUCAGCACUAACUGAUGUAAUUAAAUGUACUAAUAUAGUAAAGCUUGUUUACAUGUUUUGUAGGUCCUUUAAAAAAAAUUGCAUCCUGUCGGAAAUUUGCAGUUUAUAUCAAUCCCCGACUCCCUCAAAACCGUUGUAAUAACAGUUUGUCUUCUAAUGCAAGACUGAGUUUGUGUUGACGUGAUUAUAGACACAAGCAAUAGUUCCCCAACUCUAUUCUCACCAUCCCCUAAGGUUUGUCUUCACUGCAGAACUGUUACUACAAGGCUAGAAUAGAUGUUCAAGGUCUGUGUAGAAUUAUGCCUAACAAUUAAUUGAAACGUGUGCACUGAAACAUACACACAUGGUUACAAACAAACAAUUUGUGUGUCUGUUAAUUACAUAUUUAAUCGAAAAUGCACCCUUUAUAAUGUCCUAGAGCUGAGAAUAUAUUUUGAAUUUUUAAUGAUGCCCAUCUCCUCUUUGUAUAUGGUAAAAAAAUAUUUAGUGGUAAAGCUGUUGCUGAUUCACUGAUAGAAGAACUAUUUGUAAUUCACACAUUAGUCAUUUUUCACUGGUUGACAUCAAACGUGACAUCAGAACCUCUCUGAUCAUAUACAUUUCAGCCUUAAAGCCCAGAAUUAUGUAACUACAUUGGAGUCAUUGUUUAUUCAAGUUCAUCCAAACUUUGAAAUUUUAACAUCUGAUUUUUUUAUAUACCAAUAUCAAAAGUACAUAAACUGAAAUGACCGUUGAAUCAUUUAGUCAUAAGAAAAUGUUGGUUUUACAUUUGUCCUUUUUGAGCACACAAGAUCAAAACAAGUAAAUGCUUAUUUUAUUUAUUAACAGGUUUAAUAAAGUAUUAUCUCUUCAA